UCAGAGCCAGAAGUCAGGUACUGACUGACUAACAGUGCAGAGUCAGGCUGCCAACGGAUGUGUGGAGUGUGUGUGUGUGCGCGCAUGUAUGCGCGCAUGUAUGCGUGUGCAUGUGUGAAAUGUUCAGUUUGAGGUAAGUCUGCAUGUGAGCGCACUUCCUCUUUAUAACACAGAUUCUGUUGUCACUUUCGGUUCUGUAUUCUCUCUGUCCACUCCGAUCCCUGCCCAUCUGCUGCCUCUCAAUGAGUCUUCGUCAGUCUGUUUGGUCCUGCUUCGCUCCUCCAUCUCUUUGCAUGAUCUUUUUAGCCUGAGCAGCUUGGCUUUAAAGUCUUGUCACUGUGCAGCCCUUCUGUUCUCUCUCUCUCUCUCUCUCUCUCUCUCUCUCUUCAUUUGGCUUUGUGUUAUCCCCGUCAUCCACUCCCAUUUGCAUGAAUGACGUUGUGUGUUUCCUCCAUCACUUGCACAAACGGCUGAAACAAAACCAGAAGAGGAACAGGGCCUCAGGCGGAAAAGAGUGCCACACUCUUGUUAUGGUGUUAUGGUCCCAAAGUGCUUUUACUGUGCUCCUCAUCCAGUCAGUGGAUUCCCUCAGCACGUGGAUGUAAGCAGGCGAACUUCAGCUGAAGCAUCUUCUUCAACAGGUGGGCUUCUGGUAAUUAGAAGGCUCGGUCUCCGAACAUCACGAGGGCACUGUUACCAUGGCAACUGGCAAGCAAGGCUUUGUGAGAGCUGCCGAGCCUCAGCAUUCGGUCUCCAUGCAGAGGGAGAAAGAGAUGCGUAUUCAGGCCCCACUGACAGCCAUGUACAUCCAACCCAUGCCCGGGCUGCCGGCAUGCUCUCCGGGCCAGCCAACAGCCAUGCAGGACGCAGCAGUUAUCCCUCUGCCUCUGCCGGUGAUGUGCGCCAACCAGGCUCUGCCCAUUCUUACGCUGCACAUAGCCAGCGGAGCGACUGUCCAACCGCAAAGACCUGAAACUCCAGUGAACACACCCAGACCCAAGUCUGCAGGGAAGCACGUGUGCCCGCACUGUGGACGGGAUUGCCUGAAGCCCAGCGUCCUGGAGAAACACCUGCGCUGCCACACUGGGGAGAGGCCAUAUCCCUGCACCACCUGUGGCAUCCGCUUCAAGACACAGAGCAAUCUCUACAAGCACAAGCGAACCCAAGCCCAUGCUCGUCAGUCCAGCGAAUCCGGAAAAGGUGCCUUCAGCAGCCAAGAGAGCACAGAGAGCUCAAGAGAAGCUUGUUCCAGUCCCUCUCUGGAAUUACAAAGUGAAGUGUCAAGCGACAUUAACAAAAGUGACAGUGUUCCACCUGCUGCUGCAACAACGACCACUUUUCACAGUUCUGUUCAGGUUACUUCAACAGAAGGAAAAACAACAUCUGACACAGAGUGGGCCUUACAUAAAGCGGCAGUGGUCGGACUCAUUGCAUCACCAGUGCACGGACAACAGGAAAUCCUAAACCCUGCGGACCAGAGGAUACAAUUAACAUCUGAUGCUAAAACCGAGGCCACUUCCAUACAUGUAAAAGGCCCAGCUGGAGAUGGACGCGCUCCAUUGACUCCAAAUCGCACUCCUCUUCAAAGGCAAGAGGCCCUCUUCUCCAAGCUGUCCCAAGGAAAGUCUCAAAGCCAUGAUAGCACAGACUCAGGAUUUAGCGAAAGCAGUGAUCAGCACUUUCAGACAUCCAGUCCUGGAGAUGUUUUACAUGAAAGCAUGGAGUCCUUGCCUGAAACCAACAUGGAACUUCAAGAAUCUGAAAGCUCAAAUAAACCAUCAGAUGUGACUGCUGAUGAUGCCAAAAGUCAAAAGGUUUCUGUACAGGAGAAGCAAAAGCUGGAGGAACAUAUUUUGAAGUUGAUAUCUGAAAACAGCGUGCUUGUGGAUGACAAACACCUGGUGAAUGUGCGGCCAAGAAAGACUGUGUUGUCCAAACAAGGCAGCAUUGACCUUCCCAUGCCUUACACGUACAAAGACUCUUUCCAUUUUGAUAUGAGGAGCAACAAGCACCAAGUCUCCAGUUUGCAAACACCAGAUCGAAGAGGGAGGGUCAUGUACAGCUCUGUGCCUACCCAGCACUCCACAAGCAUGGAGCAUGCACCACUGACACGGAGUAGCUCUUUGCCGUUUAGCGUGGGCAUACAAAACAGUGACAGGACAACCAUCCCAUUUCAAGGAGACAGUAUGCCACUGAGCAGGAGGUGUAGUGCAGGCAACAUCCACCCUUUCAAGUCAGUAGAUCAACACGGACACGGCCAUCGCUCACUGGUUCGCCAGGUAGCGGUGGACUGCUUAUCUAUUGCAGAAGGAAUAUCUACAGGAAAAGGCAGUCAGAGUAGCCUCAGCUCUGACGGAGACUGUGGUGACACUUCAACAGAAUCGGGAAUUAAAAGAUGCCGACGGAAGAAGCCACAGAAGUUUGCAUACAAUAAAUGGUACAUGUACGGAGGAGGUGGGACGUUCAAGAAGCUCUACAGCACAGAGAAAGACAGUCUCUUAAAGGGUAGAAAGACUGCACAUAGUCUGGAGCAACCAGAAAACCAGGGGGUUCAAAUAAGCCAACAAAGAGAUAACAAAUCAUCUGUGUCUUCUAUUUCUAGUUCUAUUUCCUGCUCUGCUACAUCUCUGCCCCCUGCUGUUAAUGUGUUCACAGCACCAACAUCCAAUCAGGUUGUUUCCUCCUAUGUACUCCUGCAAAGUCCUUUGACUAAACAAUCAAGUGUGCAAAUGCCACAGGGUUUGACUAAGAAGGCCGACGAUCAAAGGUCUGACUUGAGAACCACUGAGACAAGUUUCAAGUCAGGCACAGAAGAAACAAGUCCUAUUCCUUCAGAGAGGAAAAAACAAAAAACAGAUGAUGAUCUUUCUGUCACAUUGGAAAAUUCUGAUACCCCAAUGAGCCAGAAAUCUCUCUUAACAUCAAGAAACCCAGAGGCAAACGCCAACCUACGGGAUGUAAUCAGUCAAUCAUUACAAUCAGUAUGUGGUGAAAUAUUUCAAACGUCAAGCAUGCAAAGUGCACUGGACAGGGGCAACAGAUUAAAUCUUCACAGGCAAGGCAGCUUCAGCAUUCCUUCAGCAUCUACUUCGAAUCAGACGCAACUUCUUUUCAAGAGGCACAGCUCUCCUCUUUUUGGGACCAACGUGAGUGGGACAUCUGGGUCCCCAUCUGCCUCUUUUACCAUCUCCUCCGUUUCUCAAGCCAAGACAAGUUUCCUUCCCAAAUACCAGCUGAAGAUACCAUCUUCUACAGAUGGAGUGUCAGAUCCUGGUGUUAGUAAGCAUUGCUGUCUGGAUCAACCAUCACUUCUCCAAUCUGCCCAGCAGCGUGAUCCUGGAACAAGUACAUCAUCUGAACCACAGAAUCAGUCCAUUCCAUCCAUAACAAUGACAAAGUCUACGACGUCUGUUGCAUGUGCAGGGCUAGUUAAUGCUAGUGAGGCACUAACAUAUCAACAGCCUAAAACCUACACAUCAACUUCAGUUAUUUCAGCAACACCCACGCUAGCCUCAUUAAUCCCAGAGGACAAGCUUGCUACAAUGCCAAUACAAAAUCAGUGCAGUACAUACACAGUCCAUAGCAAGUUCGGAGCUUCAACACCAUCAGUUCUUAGUCAGCCUUUUGAAACUUUCACAGCCUUGGGGCAAAAUCAAUCUGUCGUGGUUGGCACAACGCACAGCAAGGAAUCAUCGCUGAGUCACUCACCUACAUCGACAAAACCUAUACAGCUCCCUGGCACAAGUAUGCAGUCUGAAGUGCUCAACAAUCCUGCAACAUCUGUAGUUUUUUCAAGGCAACAACCAGGACUUACACCGGACACACAUGCCCCAGCAUGUCAGAGCUCAACGGAUGGUGUCCCACUGGAGAUAAGCCAAACUGGCUUCCAGGGAGCCGGAGCCCAGUUUGAGGGCAAGAUGUUAUUAGUGAAUGACUCACAGCCCUUGGCUCAGGACACAUUUUAUGUGCGAACAGCAGACCUUCAGAUAGUCAUGCAACUCAUUUCAGAUGAGCAGCUAGCUCUGAUAGAACCCCAGAUUGAAAAACAAGCCCUUUCAAAACUGGAUGGGAGUCAUUCGUUUCUCAACAAGGAUUCCGAAACCUCUUCGCCAGACACAAUUCCAACAGGUGUUUCACAGGGAAUACACAAACAAUGUCCUGGUCAUACAGGAACAAAGCUGUGUUUGGAGCAGGGGAAUGUAAACGGGAAUAAGCCCAGCGAAAUUCCAGACAUAACACAAAUCUCAGCUGGAUUAGCAGAUACAAACGAGGCGAAGAGUACCACAAAUCCUUGUAAUUUACAUCAUCAAAAUAUUUAUUUAACAGAAUCCUGCCCUAAAGGAGUUAUUUCAAGUUCAGGUUCAAAGACAGAGCAUCAUGCUCUGGCUUUAGCUCCAAUGGACAGCCCACAUUUGUUACAGCAACAGAGUUGUGUAUCACUGAAUUUUCCAGCAUGUGAGGACAGCAUUGCUCCAAAAGACCCAAAGCUUGCGGGAUGUUGUCAAGACAACCUAAGAGCAACAGACACAUUUUUGGCCUCACUCGGCAAGUCUGAAACAUCCAAAGAAAGAAGAUCUACAUUUUUAAAAGAAACAGUUGCCUUCGUUCCAGAAGUUCCACAGACAUCCACAAUAUUACCGUCAGGACAACACAAUUCACUUCAUCUUACACCAGGUACCUCUACCACUGCACAGCAAGAGAUGGGAACAUCACAAGUCUCUGAGGCACUUCUACUCCAUCCGGCAACCAAUUCAUUGACUGCAUCAAACCAAGAAGUGCCGCUCUCUAUAGUUCAGAACAACCAGCCAAAAUCGUGCUGGAUAGAACGUGCCUUUCCUGCAACUGAGAGACAAAUGAGUCCAGGAAGUGUAUUAGCCCACACUGUAUGCCAAUACAAACCUCUUAAUCAGAGAGGUGUCGGCAAAAUGGACAGCUCCGAACUGAAGCAUGAAGCACAGGGGAACCAAGCUUAUGCUCAAAGCCAAACAUCUGUCCAUUUAUCCCAGCAGCACUGCUCCUCCUUGAAAGCAGAAGUCACUUUGAGUAACAGUGAGGAGGAAGAUAAAGCACUGACAGCCAGGACUGUGCAUGUGACAAGUGCCUUUUUGAAGUCAGAUAAGCCAAUGUCCGAGAGUUUUCAAGAGGAAAGCACUGAAUGUGGAGAGGCCCCUUGUGGUAUGGAGUCGAUCAAUCGGGAUUCAUUCAUAGGGCCUCGGGUGGGCGGUUCCCUCCAAAGCUCAGAGCUCCAGAGGGAAGCUGGGACAGGGAGCCAGGGGUGCGUCCCCCAGCAACCUGAAGGUGAAGGAGGAGAUGGGGUGAGGGUGGGCAACAAAUGCUUGGAACUGGAGGAUCAUGCCAAAGAGAAAGAAAGAGAGGGGGAUACAGAAACUCACGACGACUACCAGACAGCAACGGACCCACAGUCACACGUCUCCCAGCCUGUGACUAAUGCCUGUCACAUCAGUACAUCAUCAGUGGCGGAGCUUGUCACGCCUAGCGUUUCAGGCAGCGCUACACCAGCUCUCUCUGGAGCAACUAGCCUUUCACAGGACUCCACACAUGUUGGUCAAAGGGCGUACUCUCUUCUUGACAACUCACAACAUGUUAAACAGAGCGCCUGUUCAAAAACUCCACAACUAAUUGGCCAGAGUGAGGCAAACAAGACAGGAAGAGCUCCACUUCCAUGUCAGGAGAGGUUUACGUUAUUAUCCACAGGGCACAGCGCUCCAAGCGAUGAGAGACAUCUACCACCAACAUGUGGACACCUCUUGGCUCACCCUCUCUUGGUAAAUGCCAUUCAGAAAGAAGUCCAGAAAGAGACACAGAUAAAAACCAACGCUACUGCAACUCUACACGCGAAUCACACAAGGGCCUUACAAGAGCAUAUGUCAUUUUCAGAAGAAAACAAAAGAAAUGAACCACAGACUGUUCCAACAUUAUCGCCUUGUGACGCCGAAGCCAAUCAAACAGUAAACAUCAUCCCAACAGACAAAAUCCAUACCACAUGUCCCAAUCAAUCCAACAACAGUAACACCAUGCUCUCUAAUCCAACAUAUGCAUCCCCCGCACAUGACCAUGCUCCUACAGAGCCUAAUGCACCACAGUGCCAUUCGGGUGGCAGCUACUUGGAAGAAGAGGAAAGCUCCAGCAGCAGUGAUGAUGAGGGAAAACUAGUCAUUGCGCUUGUUGAGUAAAACCACCCACAGAUGCCAAUACCCAUGAAAAGUCUUGCUUCGCUAACGUGCCUUUGACUGUACUGUUGUCGUUCCUCGUAAAAAAAGUGCACUAAAAUGACUCUCUGAAAGUCCUCACGCUAUCACUCACUCACAAAUGCACCUGCAGAAUGAUUCACGGCACUCCGAACACCUUAAGGUGCUUCACCCACACACCGCACCUGAGUGGAUGUGGUGUACAGCAGUAGCCACACAGGAAUGCAUUAAGCACCAGUGUGUGAUUAAGACUUACUCAACCUCAGAAACAGGAAAUAAGUGUGUACAACUGCAUUCCCACAGACACUGGCGUCCCACAGGGAUCAAUCAUGGGAACAUUAAGGAUGGCAGGAAUGUAAAGAUUCAGCAGACAAGCACCUUCUGGCAACGAUACUGAAAACACAUUUACUCAUCACUCAUCGCUGUCUCUCUUAGCUGUCACCUGCUUUAUUUAACAGCUGCUGUUGAAUCAUAAUCAGUUACAAAUGAAUGUCUUUUAAAAAGUGUCUUCGCUGAUAAUUGGACCAACAUGGAUCUGUGCUUUUACAGUGUUACUUAACUCAUUCGACUCCCAUCUGUUGCUGAUUAAAAUGCACACUGUUCUACCUGCCCUA